AUGCAAUCUGACGAAAGCCAUGAGGCACGAAGUUUAUACCAUCAUCCACUAAAAACAUGCCACGUAAUCAUGCCAAAACUCCGUCCAGGUUCAAUAAACCGCCACAAUAGAGAAACCUUUAUAAGCAACCCCUACUCUCUCUCUUUUCACACCACACUUUUUCAUUUUCCAAAUUUAACUCACAUUCCUCAUGGCUCUCGCUGUUUCUUCUUCAAUCGCCAUUUCAACUUCCACAUUUCAAUCAUCACAAUCUAAACUUUCACAAUUUGGUUCAAUUAGGGUUUUGAAAAAACCUUUUGGAGUAGGUGUUAAAUCAUCUCAACCACGAAGCUUCGUAAAACCGAUCAAUGCCAGAGAUUCUGUUGUUCCUACCACACCUUCCGAGGCUAUUGAGACCAAAGAGGAAGAUUAUGAACUGUUAGCAUAUCAACUUGAAAAUGCUUCCCCUCUUGAAAUUAUGGAUAGAGCACUUGAAAAAUUUGGCAAUGACAUAGCUAUUGCAUUCAGUGGUGCUGAAGAUGUUGCUUUGAUUGAGUAUGCAUAUUUGACGGGUAGGCCGUUUAGGGUAUUUAGUCUUGACACGGGGAGACUGAACCCUGAAACUUAUCGACUUUUCGAUGCUGUUGAAAAGAAGUAUGGAAUCCGUAUUGAGUACAUGUUCCCGGAUGCUGUUGAGGUUCAGGCUUUGGUCAGGAGUAAGGGGCUGUUUUCUUUUUAUGAGGAUGGGCAUCAAGAGUGCUGCAGAGUGAGGAAGGUGAGACCUUUAAGAAGGGCCCUUAAGGGUUUAAGGGCAUGGAUAACUGGACAGAGGAAAGAUCAGUCCCCUGGUACUAGGUCUGAAAUACCAGUUGUUCAGGUGGAUACUGUUUUUGAGGGAAUUGACGGCGGAACUGGGAGCUUGAUAAAAUGGAACCCUGUUGCAAAUAUGAAGGGAAAUGAUGUAUGGAACUUCCUUAGAACCAUGAAUGUACCUGUCAAUUCCUUGCAUUCACAAGGAUACAUUUCCAUUGGAUGCGAGCCGUGCACAAGGGCUGUCUUGCCCGGACAACACGAGAGAGAAGGUAGAUGGUGGUGGGAAGAUGCCAAAGCUAAAGAAUGUGGUCUUCACAAAGGAAAUAUAAAGCAGGAAGAUGAUGCUCAUCUUAAUGGAAAUGGUGCUGUCCAUGCAAAUGGCACUCCCGAUGUCGGCGCUGACCUUUUUAAUACCCAAAAUGUAGUCAGCUUGAGUAGGACUGGAAUUGAGAAUUUGACAAGAUUAGAGACCCGGAAAAAACCAUGGCUUGUUGUGCUAUACGCACCAUGGUGUCCCUACUGCCAGGAUAUGGAGGAAUCUUAUGUUGGCUUGGCAGAGAAGUUAGCAGGGUCAGGGGUGAAUGUUGGAAAAUUUAGAGCUGAUGGAGAGCAGAAAGAAUUUGCAAAGCAUGAACUGAAAUUGGGAAGCUUCCCCACAAUAUUAUUUUUCCCAGAACACUCAUCGCGGCCAAUAAAGUAUCCCUCUGAAAAGAGAGAUGUUGAUUCCUUGAUGGCAUUUGUAAAUGCAUUAAGAUGAGACUUUUCUAAAAAUUCAUAUUGUUUGGGUUGCAAUCCAACGUACUCGUCUGAGUUCUUUCAUUACAACACAUCUACUAGUAUCAUUCAUUCCACUGUGGAGUUUAGGAGAAUAAUAAAAAAUAUUCAAGUAGGAGAAUAAUGGGGGUUCUGUGCAGUAAGUAGGGUCGUCGUAUUAAUGUACUAGUACUAUCUUGGGUUGUUAAUUAACUAAAGUAAUUUUAGUUUAAACUACGUGAGUAUAAUGUACUAUCUUGGUGUCAAAAUUUAACAACUACUUAAUGUAUAUAUCGAUGCUUGUUGUGACUGUCCAUAUUCUUUGAUAUGGUAAUAAUGUCCACGGGUUAGUAUAAGGGCAUGUGAUUCUGUUGCUCUCUGAUUAGUUCAGUAUGAAGCUCAUGAAUCAUUUGUCUAUUGGUAAUAGAGUCCUCACAUGUUCAAAUGACAAAUAAAGCAACUUGGUAGUUUGUAAUA